AUUAGAUUAUGGAAGUGGAUUAGGCAUAGAUACUAUCAUAUCACCAUGCCCUUUUGUAGCAUUGAUAACUCAGCACAUUAUCAUGCCCCACGUUUGGUAGCUCGUCCCAAAAUUUUGGAUAAACUUUAUUUGGUCAUUUUUGUCCCCAUUUAUAACUGUGAAACCACUUUUGCCCCUUCUAGAAACCUACUGCAACUUGCACCAAAUAAACCCGCGCCAAUCCCCCUUUUGGCUCUACGAUGAAAUUUUCCAAAUAUGCCGGCGGGAAAUGAAAUUCACAGAUCUAAGAAUCUUAACUUUGAUAUAUAGUAGGGUCCCAUUUGUACAAGGAUUACACCCACCACAUUAAUUGAAAGCCAUUCAAUGGGGGAUUCAAUGCGCAACGAGCACCUGCGUGGAGGAGGCGAUGGCACUAUGGGACGAGGGCGUUCCUCGCGGAAACAGAGCCAUUGUGACCGCUCUAGGAGAGCGUGGAGCGACAGGGAGGAGAUGCACUUCAUAGCUUCCCUGAAGGAGUUGGUUGCGACUGGAUGGAAGUCCGACAAUGGCUUCAGAUCGGGAUAUCUUUUCAAGUUGGAAGAAUCGAUGCGCCGCGAGUUCCCGACCACUGAUUUGAGGGUCAGCCCGCAUAUCUCAUCAAAGCUUCACACUUGGAAAAAGUUUUACUCUGCUGUGUCCUCAAUACUGGAAAGGAGUGGUGUUGGGUUCAACAACCACGACGACUACAAGAUCGACUGUGACGAGCAUCAAUGGACUGAAAUAAUCAAGGCUGACAGUGCUGCUCGUUUUCUUCGUUACAAGUCGUGGCCGUAUUACAAUGACUGGAAGAUUGUCUUCGGCAAGGAUCGGGCUACAGGCAACAGCUCACAGGAUACUGAUCGGGCUAAUCAAAUGUACGCCUCAGGAUCACGUGAGGCGUACAGUGGAGGAGCGAAUGCCAACCAACCAGGAUCGGAUGAUCUGCUCGAUGGAGAGGGAUUGAAUGAUCAGGGAACACCUGACGACCGGACCGACAGUGUCUAUAGCAACGCCGUUGAAAGUGAACGCACUGGUGCAAAGAAACGUAAACGGGGUGAUGCACUUGAUGGGCUUAUCGAUGUGAUUGGCAAACUGCACGAAGACACCAAUGCAAGGCUGGACCGACUAUCAGCUCGCAUUGGAUACGAGUUUGAUGUUACCAAGGCAAGGAAGGAGGUGUUCCAUAUGAUGGGUCUUAUUCCGGGCCUCACCCUAUCCCAAGUGUUCAUCCCUUCGGACGCUAUACUUGCUAGGGUUGAACGCCUCGACUACUUCAUGAGUCUGCCGGAGGGUGCACGUCAACCGUAUGUGUGGCAUGCUCUUGAGCAUUACACGUGUAACUAGUAUGGGCUGGGUUGUGAUAUGUGUGGGUCCUUAGGAUGGGAUGUACUAGUCUUUUGUGAACAUCGUAGGCCGCAAGCAAUGGACACAUUAUAUAGUGUCUUCCUAUUUUGUAAUGUGAAUAUCGUAUGCAAUCUAGGCCACUACUAAUGAAUUAUGCUUUGCUUAA